UAAAGCUUUAUGGGAGGUUCUGGAGCACAGUGUGUGAAGUCGAUUUCCACCUUAUUUAUCUUGCAAAGAACUGGAGGCUUUUCUUUCUGAAGAUUGGGCCCAAUGUCCCACUGCACACAUCAGGAUUCCAUAACCACAUUGUAGGAAGAUCUGAACCUAUUAUUGCAGCUAAAGGGGGCCGAACUCCUUAUUAGGUCUUUGAGAUUAAUUUACUGAUGUUUCCAUUAUUUUGUCCACCCCCUGUAAGUGCCCACCCCUCAAAGAUAUAACAGACAAAAGUAAACAGAGAGAUAAUGUUUAAUGGGGGCCUGUUUUAUGUUUAUUUAAUCUGUUAUUUUACGUGUUUUAUUGCUUUUCAGAUUUUGCUCAGAAAAUCGUUUUGGGGAUUUUCUUCAUGUUUCACCUAAUAUUAAAUUUCCUGAACCUAAGUGUGAUUCUAGAAAAUGACAAAGGACGACUUGUAAAGAUCUGCGAGUUUGUGUUCGUCUACUUUCUGAGUGUCACAACACUCUUUGUAUGGUUGGAGCGGGGAAAGUUAUUUGCCAAACCCCGUAAAUAUGUAUAUUUCUCAGGGACUUUUGGUCUCCCUCUUGUGAAUUCUGUUGCCCUGGCUGUAGUAUUAAAACUCAAAGCAGAAACAGGAAUACAGCCAUUAGAUCUGCGGCUGAUUGUCCUGAUUUCUGGGUCUGUCUUCCUCUUUGGCUGGUUUGUUCUAGAGAUGUGUGCGUACUGGUUCGAUAAAAAAGAAAAAAUAAAAAAACAGCUGGGCUUGGGUGAAAGACUCCAAGAUGCCGAGCUGGAGCUGCUCCAGCAGCCGAUUCCCCCAGCCACCAUUCCAGGGCCCCUGUCCGACCUGGGGAAACGCAAGCUGAUCCGGGAGCAGCUGUUGCUCUUGCUGCAUGCCCGCAUGUGCCAGCAACACAAGCAGACCAACAGGGAGGAGUGGUUAUGCUCCAGGCUCCAGUGCCGCACCAUGAGGAAGGUCCUGAAGCACAUGGACAGCUGCCAGGCCGGCAUGUCCUGCCAGGUGAAGCACUGCGCUUCUUCCUGCAAGCUUAUCUCACACUGGGAAAACUGCAUACAGCAUGACUGUCCCGUUUGCAUGCCGCAUGAGGACUUCAGCAACCAAAGGAGCAACAUCGUGAGUCAUUCUUGCCCGUGAGCCACCAUUGUGGUCAGCUAGGGCCCAGGCUGGCCUGCUGUCUUCCUUGGUGCAUAUAUUAAUGAUUAAGUGCACUGUAAAAAAAAAAUGUACUUGCAGAAAAUUACCGGCACAUUUUCCAUUAAGUUAACGGACUCUUCAAGUCUCAAGGAAAAUAUUGUAAAUUCACAGUUUUCCACAGUUUGUUGUUCCAAGGAAUAUUUUUUAAAUAAUAGUUUAUUUUCAUUUUUAAUUCUUCAUUCUACCAAUACAGAUUUGUUUGUUUAAUAAAUGGUGUUGUUCACAAAACUACAAAAAGCAAUCUGAGAACAUAGCAAUUCACUACUUCUCAUGACUCAAGGGCCCCUAAAGACACACAAAUCUAGCUGAAGCUGGAUUUGAACCAACAACCUUUGGAUUGCAAGCCCAAGUAUUUAGGCUAUUGAGCCACACACCUACGCUGAUUCAGCUUAAGCUGUAACUUUUCAAGUGGAAUGAAUUGCAAUGUA